AAUGCACACUGGGCGUCACUGUAUCGCGUCGUUCUGCAGGAUCUUUAUAUCCGCCUCAGCGCGCGCUCUCUCAUUCACUUCAGCCGGAUACAAGCUGCAUAUGUGCCGCGACGCUGGACGUUUCGCCUUUUUGUUUGCUGUGAGACGGCCAUAUGUCUCAGUUUCACUCCCUCUCCAUCUGUACCAUCUCUCUUGCUGCUGAACGAUGCGGAAAGUGACUGAGCGAGUGUAACUUUGAAAGAGCUUUGCUUCUGCAAACACGCUGUUUUAUUAUACUGAGCGUUAAUUACUAUACUAUCAUUUGACGUAUAAUUUAAAAACUUGAACGUAUCACGCGAGCGGUGCUCGGUUUCAGCACCACUGACCGCUGAACAGCUCUUCUGACAGUGAGGAACUAUAUGAGGCUGCAAACUUCGACAAUUAAAUACUCCUGACAUUGGACAGACACGGAGCUGAACUUCUGCAGUGAUGGAGUGCUCGGCGCUGAGCAGGGAAGGCGCUGGACUGGCCAAACCGCCCAAGCACCUUUGGAGGCAGCCCCGAACCCACAUUCGAAUCAAACAGCGGUACCACUCCGACACCGAGCGGUACCUGUGCUGUAACAGAACCACGGAGCAGCACCGCCCAGGUCUGAAAAAACCAAGAAUGUCCUGGCCGUCUUCUUUUCACAAACGUUUCGAUGUGGAAAAUGGAUUGUCAAUCGGGCGCAGUCCACUGGACCCCAGUCCAAGCUCGGGUCUGGUCCUCCAAGCAAACAGCCAGAGGCGAGAGUCUUUCCUUUACCGCUCGGACUCAGAUUUCGACCUGUCACCCAAGACGAUGUCCAGAAACUCCUCGACUGCCAGCGAGCUUCAUGGGGAGGACAUGAUUGUAACGCCGUUUGCGCAGGUUCUUGCCAGUCUGCGUACAGUGAGGGGUAAUGUUGCAGCUUUAACCCACAUGCAAGAUAGAAACAACAAGAGACCGUCAGGCACUAACCCUCCAUCUGCCUGUAAAACAAACCUGUCAGAUGAAUCAUAUCAAAAACUCGCUGUUGAGACUCUUGAAGAGCUGGACUGGUGUUUGGACCAGCUGGAGACCCUGCAAACACGUAACUCUGUCAGUGAAAUGGCCUCCAAUAAGUUUAAAAGAAUGCUCAACAGGGAGCUAACUCAGCUAUCUGAGACAAGCCGGUCAGGAAACCAGGUGUCGGAGUUUAUAGCAAGCGCAAUUUUACGUGAAUUGUUGUCAGCAGCUUGCAAGGAGGAGAAAAAGCGCCGUCCGAUGUCUCAGAUAAGUGGAGUGAGAAAACUGAGCCCCAGCCCGAGUCUCCCACCAACAUGCAUCCCACGAUUUGGUGUCAACACGCAGCACGAGAGCCUCCUGGCUAAGGGGCUUGAGGACGUGGAUCGAUGGGGUAUAGAUAUUUUUAAAAUAGCAGAGUAUUCUGGGAAUCGGCCACUGACAGUCAUAAUGUACACCAUUUUUCAGGAGCGAGAUUUGCUCAAAUCCUUUAAAAUCCCACCGGACACCUUCUUAACUUUUCUGAUGACUUUGGAAGACCACUACCAUGCAGAUGUGGCCUACCAUAACAACAUCCACGCAGCAGACGUUGUGCAGUCGACACACGUUCUUCUCUCCACACCUGCCCUAGAGGAUGUGUUCACAGAUCUUGAGAUCAUGGCUGCUCUGUUUGCCAGUGCUAUUCAUGAUGUGGAUCAUCCAGGAGUGUCCAACCAGUUCCUCAUUAAUACAAACUCUGAACUGGCUCUCAUGUAUAAUGACGCCUCAGUGUUGGAGAAUCAUCACUUGGCUGUCGGCUUCAAGCUUCUACAGGAGGAAAACUGUGAUAUAUUUUGUAAUCUCAGCAAGAAACAACGACAGUCCUUGAGACAGAUGACUAUAGAUAUGGUAUUGGCCACUGAUAUGUCCAAACACAUGAAUUUCCUGGCUGAUCUGAAGACAAUGGUGGAAACUAAAAAAGUGACCAGUCUAGGAGUCUUACUGCUGGACAACUACACAGACCGAAUACAGGUGCUCCAGAACAUGGUGCAUUGUUCUGACCUCAGCAACCCCACGAAACCCCUGGAGCUCUAUCGACAGUGGACAAAUCGCAUCAUGGUGGAGCUUUUUAGUCAGGGUGACCAUGAGCGUGACAAGGGCAUAGAGAUCAGCCCCAUGUGUGACAAACACACGGCUUCUGUGGAAAAAACUCAGGUGGGAUUCAUCGAUUACAUUGUCCACCCUCUAUGGGAAACAUGGGCUGAUCUGGUCCAUCCAGAUGCUCAGGACAUUCUAGAUACAUUAGAGGACAACCGAGAAUGGUACCAAAGCAUGAUCCCACGCAGCCCGUCGCCCACCCCCGAAGAGCAGGACUCACGGGCCAUGGUGGGCUCAGCCGGAGAAAAGUUCCAGUUCGAGCUGACUCUGGAGGAAGAGGAUGGAGAGUUAGAGGCUGAAGAGGAGCACAUGGAUUCAGAAAGAUCAAGGACUAUGACAGACACCGGGCAUCCACAGAUGUCCUCCCUUGGAGUCACUCCCAUUUUAGACAGCAGCGAAAGAGAACUGGACCAAUAAAUGACCAGCAUAUCCAUCCUGCAGUUGGAAACUUAACAUGACCCAGUACCAACAGCAGCACUGUUCAUAUGUGUUUCUUAGUUGCACUUAUUAAUUUGCGGUUGAGUAGAACAACCAUUCACUAAAACAUAAAAAGACAUUGGACCCAAGGUUUAUCUGACCAAAUAACCUGUUUUUAAAGCUAUAUUUGCUUUUUAAACUUUGCAAAAGGACUGAGGCCGAAAGUUGCAGAUGAAUGUUUUUGUGGUCUCAUGUCAGAGUCGCAUGGAGAAACAUGAGUCUUCCCUUGAGUGACUGUCCAUGCCAACUGCAAAGGAAAGCUGAUUUACUCGUUAUGUGAACUUUUUCACUACACUUUAGGAUAUUUAUUAUCUUGAAACUUUUUAAUAAUGGAUAAAUUAAUGCAUUUUUUUUUUUUUUUGCCACUGAAAAAUUACUUACUCAAAUGAAACGGGACAGUUGUGAGAAAUAUUUAAGGCAAGACACCACAGGUGAAUUGGGUAUACAUUCUAAAUAUAUCACUAUAAUUCCCCAGUUGAUUAAUCACAGUACAUUAAAGGGAUUGUUUCCCCCAAAAAUGAAAAUUCUGUCAUCAUUUACUCCUCCUCAAGUUGUUCCAAACCUGUAUAAAUUUCUGUGUUUUGCUGUACACAAAGGAAGAUAUGUUUGUAUCUCGCCCCCCAUUGAGCGCCAUAGUAUUUUUCCCUACUAUUGCAGUCAAUGGGGGGCGGCAUCUGCUUGGUUUCAAACUUUCUUCCAAAUAUCGUAACUUUGUGUUCAGCAGAACAAAGAAAUUUAUACAGGUUUGGAACAACUUGAGGGGGAGUAAAUGAUGACAGAAUUUUCAUUUUUGGGUGAACUAUCCCUUUAAGACCCGUUUUGUAACGCUUUAUUUUUCAGUGUCUUUUACACAUUACAUGUACUUGCUGUAGUAACAACAGUAAAUUAUGCAGAAUUACAAGCAGCUAACCCUAAACCUAACCCUAUAAUAAGUACAUGCAGUUAAUUAUUACUCAGUACUUGCAUGCAUAAUUACACUGUAACAAAUACACCUUAAAAUAAGUUU